AUGUUAAUCAUUCUCUUAUUUACAUUAUUUACUCUAAUUAUUGCUACUCCUAUAUCAUGUGACUCUUAUCAAUCUCAAAGUGGUUCUGAUUCUAACUCACAAACAGAUAUUGAAUUAAUUAUGAGCUUUGGAUGCUAUUUUAUUGUAACUCAACAAACUACAUUCAAAUCUAUUAGUGGAGAAGGAACAGUUGUUAUCAGUGGAGCUGUAGAAGUUACUGUAAAUGACUAUAAAGGAGGAAUUAUUCAAUUAAAUAAUGAAAAUGCGAAAGUUAAUAUCGUUAAAACUACAGAUUCACUCACAAGUGAUAACUCUAAGAGUCAAAAGAAAAUAGUUGGAAAAGGAACUACUGUUAUUAAACCACAAAUAAUAUCAAACACACAAUCUACAAUUAAUUUAGGAAAUGUUAUUAUUGAGAAUAGUCAAUUAUAUCUUGAUAGUGGAAUCUAUGAACUCAAUGAAAAAACAAUUAAUUUCCUUGUUAAAUCAAAUGAUUUUAUGUUAGUUAUGGGACCAAGUACACAAAUUAAUAGUAACACUCUUGAAGUAAAAACAUUGAAUUUCAAUAUUAAAAUUGAAAAAGAAUUAGAAGGUCCAAUAUACUUAUUAAGAACAUCUUAUCAAAACUUUAUUAGUAGAUUUGGAGUUAAAUUUACAAUCACAUCCAAUAAUAAUCAUCUUAAAGGACAAGCAUUGAAUUCAAUAGAUUCAAAAUAUGAACUAACACAAGUCUGUCGUAUUUAUGUUGCAUUAGUACCAAAAGGAUACACAAUAACUGAAUGUCCAAAAGAUCCAUGUGGAACAAAUGAAGCAGGUGUUUUUUCACAAGUAACCAAUGGAGAAGUACCAAAAUGGGCUAUUGCAGUUAUAGUAGUUGUUGGACUUAUUAUCAUUAUCGCUUUAAUACUCUUGGUCGCUUUUAUUCUUUAUGCCAAGUUGGUCUUAUUAAAGAACAGAAAGAACAAUAAAGUUUUUGAUGAUACUGAGAAUGUCUUUUGCCAAACUCCAGAAGAAACAACUGAACAUGAAGAGUCUCAAAAUGAAACCGAAUCUUCAGAAACUUCUGGAAGUGGAAGUGAUGGAAACUCAAGGACUAGUCAAGUUUCAUCAGUAAAAGAAGUAAAGCUUUCCCAAAGCGAUGAGUUUAGCAGUGAAGAGUCAUCUGGUAAUAAACAAUCAGACAAAAACGAUGAUUCUUCUGAGAAUGAAGAAUCACAAAAAAGUGAUAAUCCAACGAAAGACUAA